GAAAUUAGAAGGGAAAAUAUAUAAAUAUAUGUCAAUUGUGUAGACAUUUUAGUCCAAUAAAAUAUACUUCUUAAAGGUUGGACUAAUAAAACGGUCAAUUAGACAGUUAUUUUUGGUGAACAAUUUCUCUGUGGUUGCGCACAAGCAGGAAUAAUGUUCAUGGAAAAAAACAGGAGUGGUCAUUUUGAAACAUUUCUGAGGUCAUUGAAGAGCAGUCAGUCUGUUAGGCAAAUUCUCACGCAUGCGCAGUGGAGCGUUAACCAGCCAAUCAGAUGUGCGGCGCUGUUUUCAUGCAUAUUUUGAAUCCGACAGAAACGGUCGCGCGCACGGUCAGAGUGCGAGGAGUCUGUGGUCAAAUAUUCUCUUAUACAACACAAAUAAACAAUUGAAAGUAUCGUUUUGGGAUUCGACGAUGAGGAAAAGUGAGGUGAUUGCUGCAGAAUCAGUGGCAUGCCUGAAUAAAGCUCUUUGCCAUCUGAAGGACAUCUGGGAGGAGAUUGGCAUCCCAGAGGAUCAGCGAUUGGAGAGAACAAAUGUGGUUAAGAAUCAUGUCAAUGGUCUUCUGGACAUGAUGAUUGCAGAGGAGGAGAGUCUACGGAGUCGUCUGAUGACAAGUAUUGAGGCAUGUCGCAAAGAACUGAGUAAACUGUGCUUGGAAUUGCAGCGUCCCCCAUUUCAGGAGGAGAGAAGUAAUACAAUGCUCCAGCAGGAAAAAGACCUCCGGAGCCUUGUUGAAGUGAUGUUAAAAGAGAAAAACCAGAGGAUGCAAGCUCUCAAAGCCUUAACAGAACAGGAUCAGGAUCUCUGUGACAUUCUCUGCUCCCAGCCAUUUUUUAUCUCUGCCAGUUCUGUCCCAUCUUUAGAACAGCUGGAGACCUUUCAUCAACACAUCUCUAGCCUCAACGCUGAGAAGGAACUGAGACGUACGGAAUUUCUCCAACUGAAAAAGCAGAUCAUACUUUGCAUGGACGAUCUAGAUCAAUUACCAGAGACUAGUUUUGAAAAGGAUGUUGUGUGUGAAGAUGAAGAGAGUUUUUGCUUGUCUAAAGAAAACAUUGAUUCACUCAAAGUCCUCCUUCACCAGUUGGAGAGCAGAAAAGCAGAGAAUGAGCACAUUUGUGGCUCUUAUCGAGAGAAGAUCCAGGAGCUAUGGGAAAGGUUGCAGAUUCCACAGGAGGAGCGUAAUGCCAUUUCUGAACACAUGGUCCUGUCAAAGAGAAAGAAUAUGGAAGCUCUACAAUCUGAGGUCAAACGUCUUGAGGAACUGAAGCAUAAAAAUAUCCAGAAUGUUACUGAGGCCAUUCGGAAGGAAAUCGCAGUGUUCUGGGACAAGUGCUUUUAUAGUGCUGACCAACGGCAAGCUUUUGUGCCAUAUUAUGAUGAUGAUUUCAGUGAAGAAUUUCUGAGCUUACAUGAUGCAGAAAUUGCUCUUAAACGGUAUUAUGAGGAUCAUCAAGAACUCUUUGAAGGUGUUCACAAUUGGGAGGAGAGUUGGAAACUUUUCAUAGAGCUUGAAGAAAAGGCCAAAGACCCAUCUAGAUUCACCAACAGAGGAGGAAACCUUCUAAAGGAGGAGAAACAACGAGCUGAUCUAGUCAAAGGCCUCCCCAAGCUUGAGAAGAAGCUGAAGGCCGAGAUUGAGCAUUGGGAGCAGGAACAGAACAGAGAGUUCCUGGUGAACGGACAGAAGUUCAUGCAGUUUGUUUCAGCUCAGUGGGAGUCAUACCGGCUGGAGAAGGAGCGUGAAAAACAGGAGCGGCAACUAAAGAAGAGCAAGCAGACUGAGGAGGACAUGGUCUAUGGCACUGUGGUGCGAACACCGACUAAACGAAGAUUUCUUGGCAGCACAACACCUUGUAAAGCACGAAAAUUAAACGCUACCUCCAGCUCUGGCUCCUCUAACAGCACUGUUCGAUCUGUCUUUGGUGGUACUGUCUGUCACUCUCCUUUAUCGCGCCUUCCGAUUUCAGCAAGCAAGGGUAAUGCAGUGAAAACGCCAGGCCACGGUAAACUUCCUCAUCCAGGCAUGCUAGAGCGCAAUAAGGAGAACAUCUGUCAUCUUACUGGUGGUGUAGGUGGGGUGAUGAAGGUCCCAGCAAGUCCACAGCGAAACUUCAGCAUUAACUCUGUCGCAAGCACCUAUUCAGAAUUUCAGCGAGACCUCUCCAAGUCAUCUAAAUCAAAACACAUGCCUGAAAUCCUGAACUCAACCAUCAUUCAGCAGUAACUGCUGCAGACAACACUUGCUAUUAGGACUAGGAACUUCUAAAUUAUGGCUUUUAGGUUCUUUAUAGUAUGCAUUUUGAAUGUAAAUUAAGGUUUUAUAUAUAUAUAUAUAUUUAAAUGUUUCCGAGGGAUUCAUGCAUUUUCACUUAAACACAAGGACAAGCACUACCCUGUAAUGUAACACAUGCUAAUGUUCUUUUUAAUGCUACUGGACAGCUGUGGCAAGCAUUUACGAAUUUAAAGCUAAAAAAAAUAAUAAUUUAGAGUUAUUUCUGAGUAUUGACUACUUUGUCAAAAUCAUUGUUUAUUUUAUGGAAUGCUUAUGAAUGUUUUGCACAAAUGAUUGUAAAAAGUCUUUAUUGCAAUCUUUUUAGUAUUGA